CCGGGCAGAGCGAGGCCAGGGACCCACAGCAUGUGAGGGGCAGAGAGAGCAUGUGUGUGUGGGGGGGGGCACUGCAGGACGGGCAGGCAAGCGGCAGGCAAGGGAUGCCCAGUGUGGGAUGUCGUUCAGAAGAAGACUCCGCAAAGAAGAGAGCAACGGGCAGCUGGGCAGAUUGAUGGAUGGGCAGAUGGGAAUUGUCUGACAGGAGGAGGAGAAGCAGGAGCCAAUUAACGGGAAAGUGCAGUGGAAUGUGGACGCUUGAGGCGGCUUGAGGUUAGUGAGCGCUGAGAGGAAGGCAGGCCGGUCCCCUCACAGUCUGCCUCUCACACCUCUUACUAGGUCCCUGGCCUCAGCUGUAUCCUGACUGACCCAAUGAUGGAUGCCUUUGGGGGAGCCCCCCGAUUUCUUGCCUAUCCCCGCACUUUCACUGUGCAGAGUGGCACCAAUGCCAUCCUGAAAUGGCAGGUGGCUGGUGAGCCACGUCCCAGCAUUGCCUGGGAGAAGGAUGGUUCUGCGCUGGAGUUGCCAUCAGGCCGGCUGUUUGUGCAGGCUGAUGGGGAUGCAUACAGCCUGCUGGUGUCUCAAGCUGGCCCGGCAGACAGCGGGCGCUAUGUGUGCAAAGCGAGAAACAGUGUGGGUGAAACCUACGCAGCUGCAACCCUCAAAGUGGAGGCAGCUGAACUGAAACCCAAGGGAAAUCUUGAUGCUCAGCCUCCCAUUUUCCUGAAUAAGCCAGUCUCAGCACAGGUGAACCGUGGAGAGGAUGUGAUCUUUGCCUGCAGGGUUUCAGGGCAGCUUGAGUGGGAGAAGGAUGGACGCAAGCUUUCUGACAUCUUUGAGAGCAGUCAUUACAAACUGGGCGUCGAGCCGGGUGACUGGCAUUCCCUGCACAUCUACCGCACCCGUCUGCCAGAUGCAGGUGUCUACGUGUGUCGGGCACAGAACAGUUUCGGAGAAACAAUGGCCGCAGCCGUGCUGCUGGUGGACUCUGUGGCAUCUAUUCCCCACAAUGGGCCCUUUCAGGAUGCACCCCCAAACUGCCAUUUCAAGAAACAGGCAGAGGCACAUGGGGAAAAGAAGCACCAACAUCAAUCUGGGCAAAAUGUGGUGUCAGAAGCCAGGCAGAAUGGAGAAGUGCUUCCCAGACUACCCACUGUGAAGACUUUUACUGUGAACGAAGGGAAGCAUGCCAAAUUCCGCUGCUAUGUAACUGGCAAGCCCAAGCCAGAGAUUGUCUGGCAGAAGGAUGGGACGGCGCUAUCUCCUGGAAGGAGGCACCUGCUUUAUGAGGACAGGGAGGGCUACUUCAUCCUCAAGGUGCUGUACUGCACAGCGCGGGACUGUGGGCUCUAUGUGUGCACAGCCUGCAACGCGGCAGGCCAGACACUCAGUGCUGUGAGCCUCCAUGUCAAAGAACCCCGGCUGCGGUUCCAGAUGCCCUUGGUGGACGUGGAAGUGCAGGAACGCCAGGAUGCUGUGUUGGAAUGCCAAGUGCCUCUCGAGACCAUCCCUACAGCAUGGUAUCUUGAAGAUAAGCGCCUGCAGCCCAGCCCCAAGUACCUCAUGGAGGAGCAAGGCCUGCUGCGGCGGCUGACAGUGCGGGAUGCCCGGGCGGAUGAUGAUGGCAUAUACCUAUGUGAGAUGGAGGGCAGGGGCCGCAGCGUUGGGGAGCUUUCCGUGCAAGGCCUAAUUGUGAAGCGGUUGCCGCGGAAACUGGAUGUGAUGGAAGGGGAGAAUGCCGCCUUCUGUGUGGAGACAAGGGAACCUGUGGAUGUGCCCAGUUGGGGUCGGAAUGGGCAGGAACUAAUGGAAGCAUCACACACCCUGAUCAGGAGCUUUGGUAAAACCCACCUGCUGGUUCUGGUGCACGUGACGAGGCAUGAUGCAGGGGUCAUCACUUUUACAGCGGGCGAGUCACAGACCUCUGCGCAGCUCCGUGUCAAAUGUGCCAAGAGGAUCCCGCCGAGUGCACCUGUGGCAGUGAAAAUGUGCACUGCCCGCAGCAAUGCUGCCCUUCUGACUUGGUGCCCUCCACCCGAUGUGCACCGCAGCCCGCCAAGUAACUAUCUCCUGGAGCGGCAGGCAGUAGGAGAGGCCGAAUGGGUGCCUUGCCUCACCACUGAUGUUGCCAGCAUGGUGGAAGUUCCGGGUGAUGGCGUUCCACAGGAAGCUGACUACCGCUUCCGUGUAUGUUCUGCCAAUCAGUAUGGAUGUAGUGAGCAUGUGGAGUUCCCUGGCUCUGUGCACCUUGUGCCCAGGGUCCAUGUGCAAAGUGGACUGCAGGACGUUAGGGUCCAUGCUGGGAAAGAUGCCACCUUCUCUGUGCACCUCUCAGCCACAGUGUGUGGAAGCUGGUUCUUAAAUGGGAAAAGGCUUGAGAAGGAGGACGAAUGCCAGCAGUACCAGCUUUUACAUAGUGGGGUGGAACAUGCCUUGCAGAUGAAAGAUGUGCAGUUAGCAGCCAAUGGAUCCGAGGUGCGAUUUGAGGCCAAUGGUGUGAAGGAAUGUGCUGUACUGCAUGUACAAGCCGCACAGGUACACAUUACCCCCGUGCCAGAGGCCAGGCGACUCCGAACACUUCUGGCUGCGAUGCCUCUGUCCCUGGAGUGUGAGGUCUCUGUACCUGAUGCCCCCACCUGCUGGUUCAAAGAUGGGAAUCCCGUGGCCUUGGGUGAUGACGGCACACUGGUUGUCCAUGCAGAAGGCUGCACCCGCCGGCUCUUGAUUCCCUCAGUCCGUUCUUUGGACUCUGGGACUUACACAUGCGAUGUGGGUGAUGAUGCCAUCAGCUUCACUGUGGCUGUGGAUGAACCACCUGUGACGGCUGUGCGCUCUAAUGCUGAGGAGGCCCAUGCCUACCAAGUUGCAGAGCGUGUGGUGCUGGCCUGUGAACUUUCCUGCCCUGACGCUCCUGUUCGAUGGUAUAAGGAUGGGGAGGUAGUGGAAGAAAGCGAGCGCCUCCUGCUGGAGAGUGAGGGCCCCCACCGUCGGCUAGUUAUUCCCUCCACAGAGGUGCAGGACUCGGGGGAGUUCGUGUGUGACAUGGGUGGAGAUUCUGUCUUCUUCAACAUCACUGUUAAAGAACCUCCUGUGAGGAUUGUGCACUCCAGUGGUGAAGAGGCCCACACCUACCAGAUCGCAGAUCGUGUGGUACUCACCUGUGAGCUUUCCCACCCUGAUGCUCCUGUUCGCUGGUACAAGGAUGGAGAAAAGGUGGAAGAAAGUGAGGGCUCCCUGCUGGAAAGUGAGGGCCCAUACCGCCGCCUGAUUAUUGCCUCAGCACAGGUUCAUGAUUCAGGAGAGUUUGUGUGUCAUGCAGAUGGUGACUCUGCCUUCUUCAACAUCACUAUCACAGAGCCUCCCGUGAGGGUCCUGCACUCCAAUGCGGAUGAAGCCCAUGCCUACCAAGCCUCCGAACCUGUGGUGUUGGCCUGUGAGCUGUCUCGCCCCAAUGCUCCUGUGCACUGGUACAAAGAUGGGGAAGAGGUAGAGCAGGGCGAGGGACUACGGCUAGAGAACGAAGGAUCCCAUCACCGUCUGGUGAUUGCCUCAGCCCAGGUGCAAGACACAGGAGAGUUUGUUUGUGAUACAGGCGGCGGCUCCGUCUUCUUCAGCGUUACUGUGACAGAACCUCCUGUGAGGGUGGUGCAUUCCAAUGCUGAAGAUGUUCAUGCCUACCAAGUUACAGAACUUGUGGUGCUGGCCUGUGAGUUGUCCCGCCCUAAUGUUCCUGUUCACUGGUACAAGGAUGGGGAAGAGGUGGAAGAAAGUGAGCACCUCCUGCUGGAGAAUGAAGGGUCCCACCAUCGCCUAGUCAUUCCCUUGUCACAGGUUCAGGAUUCAGGGGAGUUUGUGUGUGAUGCAGGUGGUGACUCUGCCUUCUUCAAUAUUACUGUCACAGAGCCACCUGUACAGAUUGUACACUCUACUGCAGAUGCAGCCCAUACCUACCAAGCCUCUGAAUGUGUGGUGUUAGCCUGUGUGCUGUCCCGCUCCAACGCCCCUGUCCACUGGUACAAGGAUGGGGAGGAGGUGGAAGAGGCUGAAGGCCUGCGAUUAGAGAGUGAAGGGCCUCACCGACGGCUCAUCAUUGCCUCAGCACAAGUGCAAGACACAGGCGAAUUUGUGUGUGAUGCAGGUGGUGACUCUGCAUUCUUCAGUGUUACCAUUGCAGCUCCAAAGGUGCACAUCACUCCAGUGUCAGAGGCCCAGUGCCUGCAGACAAUCCUGGCUGGGAUGCCUCUCCUCCUGGAGGGCAGGGUUUCCACCUCUGAUGCCCCCAUCCAGUGGCUCAAGGAUGGAGAUCCUGUGCCUUUGGAUAGCGAUCACCUCACUGUCCAGUCAGAGGGCUGCAUUCGGAGACUGUUGAUCUAUUCAUCCUGCCCUUUGGACUCUGGGCUGUACACAUGUGAGACAGCUGACGAAGCCAUAGACUUCACAGUGACUGUGGAUGAGGUGCCUGUUCGAGUUGUGAACUCCAACGCAGAGUCAGCCCAUGUCUAUCAGGUCUCCCAGCGUGUGGUGCUGACCUGUGAGCUGUCUAGCUCUGAUGCCCUUGUUUGCUGGUACAAGGAUGGAGAGAAGGUGGAGGAGAACCAUGGCUUCUGCCUGGAGAGCAACGGGCCCCAUCACUGCCUGGUCAUAGCGACAGCUCAGGCCCAGGACACAGGGGAGUUUGUGUGCGACACUGGCAGCGACUCUGUCUUCUUCAAUGUAACUAUCACAGAGCCUCCAGUGCGGAUUUUGCACCCAGCUGAGCGUUCCCUGGAGAAGGAGGUAUGGGUGCUUGAGCAGCUGGAGCUGAGCUGUGAGGUGUCUGUACUCGACGCCCCUGUGCGCUGGUUCAAGGAUGGUCUGGAAGUGGAUGAGACACACAACCUCCUGCUGCAAUCGGAGGGUGCUGAGCGCCGCCUCGUUGUCCUGCAGGCAAGUGCGGAGGAUGCUGGUGAAUACAUCUGUGAGACAAAGGAUGAGUCUGUCUCCUUUGAUGUCAGAGUUUCAGAGCCCCCCGUGAAGAUCGUGCAGCCCCGCAGGACUCCCUCUGUCCUGAAGGCCUCAACGGGGGAGACCGUGACUCUGGCCUGUGUGCUGUCUCAUAAGAAUGCGCCUGUCCACUGGGUUAAGGACGGUGUCACACUAGAGGCCAACAGCGGCCUCAUCCUGGAGGAAGAGGGUGCCCGGCGGUGUCUAGUCAUCCCUGCAGCUGGCCCAGAGCAUUCUGGGAAAUACGUCUGCAACGCUGUGGAUGACACCAAGACCUUCACCGUCCAGGUGUCUGACCCCCCAGUGCGGAUUGUAGGGCGUGAUGAGCUGCAAACUCACCACUGCUGCCUGGCUUCAGAGGACCUGGUGCUGUCAGUAACACUGUCAUGCCCUGGAGGGGAGGUGAAGUGGUACAAGGACGGGGAGAAACUGCAGGACACGGACCGUGUGCGGCUGGAGCAGGAUGGGGCCCGCCAUUCGUUGGUGAUUCUGGGAGCGGAACGCUGUGACGCAGGGGAGUAUCUGUGUGACAGUGGUGAUGACAGCCUCAUCUUCUACACCAGGGUCGAGGAACCUCCCAUCUCUAUUGUGGGGAACACAGGGGUGCCCGAGCAGCACUCCUUGGCAGCUGGAGAUGCUCUGGUGUUGGCUUGUCAGGUGUCCUUGCCUAGCGCUGCUGUGCGCUGGCUGCGGAAUGGAGAGGAGCUAGUAUCCAGCAAACGCAUCCGCAUAGAAGCCCAUGGAACACACCGGCAACUCACCAUCUUUGGAGCCAAACCAGGAGACUCCGGCUCCUAUGUGUGUGAUGCAGGCACUGACCAGAUGGUGGCCAUGGUAGAAGUGGCAGCACCCCCGGUGCGCAUUGUGAAUAAGAACGAUGCCCAGGUGCCUCUUGAAGUGCAGGAGGGAGAGACCGUGACACUGGUGGCCCGGCUCUCUCAAGAGAAAGCCUCUGUCCAGUGGUUGAAGAACAGGCGGCCGCUUUACCCUGGGCCACGAGUGGUUGUGAGCAGUGAGGGGCCAGUGCGCUGCCUCACCAUCAGGCAAGCAGAGCCAGGAGACAGCGGCAUCUUUAGCUGUGAGACUGGAGAUGAUGAAGUGCAUUUCACAACAUGUGUGCGAGAGGCCCCAGUGCUGUUUGUGCCGAAGCCAGAACACCCAGAGAAGGUGCUGGUGCUGGAGGGGGGCAGUGCAGUGCUCUCGGCCAUCGUCUCCAAGGAGCUGGCUGUGGUGAGCUGGGAAGGACCCCGAGGCGCCUUGGCGGCAGGCGACCACUGCCAGCUGCGCAGAGAGGGCCGGGUGCACAGCCUCCUGCUUAGCAACGUGAGCAAGGCUGACGCUGGCGAGUACAUCUGCCACUCCCGUCACGACCAGCUGCAUUUCGAACUUAGUGUCAAAGAGCUGCCGGUGAAAUUUGUUCGAGGACUGUGUGAUGUGACAGCACUACAGGGGGAGACGGUGCUGUUCUGGUGCGAACUGUGCAAAACCAAGGGAGAUGUCCUGUGGCUGAAGGAUGGGCAGGAACUGGUACCCAAUGAACACCAGGAGAUCCGGGCAGAGGGACGGGAGCGUUCGUUGACCCUGAGCCAUGUGGGACCGGAGGAUGCUGGCGAAUACUCAUGUGAAAGCAAGGAUGACCGCACCCUGGCUAUCCUCACAGUACAGAUCCCUAGGUUAGUGGAGAUCAUUUCUGAGCUGCACAACUUAACAGUGCUCGAGGGAGAUGAUGCUACCUUCAAGGCCGUGGUGUCUCCAGAUGAUGUAGCCCUAAAGUGGCAGCUGAAUGGCCAAGACCUGAUGCCCAGUGAGAGGCUGACCACAACCAGGAGCGGGCUGUGCCACACCCUCACUAUACGACAAUGCAGGUUGAGUGACACUGGCAUAGUAACAGUCAUUGCAGAAGGCCUGGUGAGUUCGGCCAGGCUCAGUGUGCAAGAGGCUCAGGUGCUGUUUGUGCAGACACUGCGUGACGUGGUGGCUGAGGAGGGGCAGGACGUGCGCCUGGAGGUGGAGCUGAGCUUGGAGAGUGCUGAGGUGCAGUGGAUGAAGCAGGGCAUCCUGCUCCAGCAGAACACCAAGUACUGGAUGGAGGCCCACGGGCACCAGCGAGCCCUUACCAUCCACAGCAUUGAGCUUGCAGACCGAGGCACCUACCGUUGCGAGAGCCUGCACGACCGCACCCAAGCCAGGCUGAGUGUGGAACCCCGCAGGGUGAUGGUGAAGAAACCUCUGUUGGACGUGGAGACUAUUGAGAAGGAGACAGUGACAUUUGAGCUUGAGUUAUCUCAUGCCAACGUAUCUGGGGUCUGGACACGUGAUGGCAUCCGUGUGAAGCCCACCUCCACUUGCCGAGUCAGUGCCACGGGCUGCAUCCACAGUCUGACGCUGCUGGGGCUCACGCUAGAUGACUCGGGCACCGUGGCCUUCACUGCCGACACUGUGCGGAGCAGUGCCCGCCUCACAGUCCGAGAACCACCUGUCGCCAUGCUGCGCCUUCCCCAGGAUAUGGGCAUCCCUGAGACGGGCUCAGCCACCUUUGAGUGUGAGAUCUCCCGGCCCUUGGCUGAGGUGAAGUGGUACAAGGAUGGGGAGGAGAUCCAGACAGGGCCCAGCUGCCGCAUGUACUCAGUGGGACGCCGGCGCCUCCUGCAGCUCAGCCACUGCAGCCUUGAGGAUGCGGGCGAGUACACCUGCGAUGCUGGCGACUGCCGCGCCUCUGCCAAACUGCGGGUCUUUGAACGCCAGGUUCAGAUUGUGCGAGAGCUGGAGGAUGUGCGCGUGCGGGAGAAUGAAAAUGCUGUCUUCAUGUGUGAGGUGUCGCUCGAGGAGGUGAAAGGUGAAUGGUUCCAGGAUGGGGAGAGAAUCAAAGUCACCAGCACAGUGAAAAUACGACAGGAAGGGACCAGGCACUUCCUCCUCCUGUGCUGUGUCCGUCCUGAGGAUGCAGGCCAGAUCCGCUUUGUGGCUAAGGCUGCCACUUCUGAAGCACGCCUGGAAGUGGAGGCACUGCCCAUCCGCAUUGUGAAGCCGCUACGGGACAAGACUGUGUUAGCACGGCACAAAGCCACACUGGAAUGUACAGUGUCUCAGUCUCGUGGACGUGUGCGCUGGUUUCGGGGUGACACAGAGAUAUUUGCUGGUCCCAAGUACGAGAUCUGCAACUUGGACUGUUACCGGACCCUUGUUAUCCACAGCAUUGAGCCUGCUGAUGAAGGCUUCUAUACUUGUGAUGCACUAGAUGACUCUUCUACGGCCCGCCUGCUGGUGGAGGCUGAAGGGAUCCAGGUGGUGCGGGCCCUGCGGAAUGUGGAAGUGGUCGCUCCCUCGGAGGCCCAGUUUGAAUGUGAAGUAUCGGCUCCUCCGGCAUGCACCCCUCAGUGGAGCCUCAAUGGAGAGGAGUUGCAGCCCAGCUCACACAUGCAAAUGGAGAGUGUGGGACACAUCCAUAGGCUGAGGCUCGGCCACACAACACCAAGCAUGAGCGGGAUGGUGAAGGUGACGGUCGGAAGCGCUCGCUCCAAGGCCCAACUCACAGUCCGAGAAUGCUAGCAUCUGGAAGGUUCUGGAUGCAGGGGAGCCAUGUAUGAACAUGGAAAGAUCAAGGCCACCAGGGAAAGGUGGAGACAUCAUGUUUGACAGUUGCAUGGACGGACAGAAGAAUGGACACAUAGACAGACAAUUCCUCUUCUUGUCUCCCUCUUCUGCAUGACAAGGGAAGCAGGUUCUGCUUUUAUUAAAUGCUCUUGAUUCCUG